GUCAGCACCGGUGGCGGCGGCUGCAGGGGUGGCGGUGGCAGCAGCAACAAGUCGGGACUUUUAGAGUAAUGCAACAGAAGGCUUUUGAGGAAAACAGAUAUCCCUGGCAGGAGUCCUUCGAGAAUGUUGCUGUGUGCCUGCCAUUCCGCUGCCCGAGGUGUGGAGACCAUACUAGAUUUAGAAGCUUGUCAUCUCUGAGGGCCCAUCUGGAAUUCAGUCACAGCUAUGAAGAAAGAACCCUCUUGACAAAAUGCAGCAUCUUUCCAUCUCUCAAAGACACAGACCUAGUCACUCCUUCAGAACUCCUGAGACAGGGCAAAGCGCAGAGCCGAGGCACCAGGGCGAAGCCAAAGCCAAGCUAUGUUAACUUGUAUAGCAUCUCACAUGAACACUCCAAGGACAGGAAGCCAUUUGAGGUGGUGGCAGAGAGGCCUGUGUCCUAUGUGCAGACCUACACUGCAAUGGACAUCCGGGCGGACUCACUGCAUGGGCCCCGGUCAAGUCCUGGACUUCCUACUUCAGAUACCAAAGCUGCUUUUGAGGCACAUGUCAGAGAAAAAUUCAACCGGAUGGUGGAGGCUGUGGAUAGGACCAUUGAGAAAAGAAUUGAUAAACUCACCAAAGAGUUGGCCCAGAAAACUGCUGAAUUGUUGGAAGUUCGGGCAGCUUUUGUGCAACUGACUCAGAAGAAACAGGAAGUGCAGAGGCGAGAGCGGGCCCUGAACAGACAGGUAGAUGUGGCUGUGGAAAUGAUUGCUGGGCUGAAGCAGCGCCUGACAGAAUCUGAGGAGGAGCUGCUUAGGAAAGAAGAAGAAGUUGUAACAUUCAACCAUUUUCUGGAGGCAGCGGCUGAGAAGGAGGUUCAAGGGAAAGCUCGGCUCCAUGACUUUAUUGAGAAUCUAUUACAACGGGUAGAGCUGGCAGAAAAGCAGUUAGAAUACUAUCAAAGCCAGCAGGCCUUGAGCUUCAGUCGAAACAUCAGCGAGCACGUGCUUACAGAUAUCUCCUCAAAUAAGAAACCCAGAUGCCUAAGCCGAGGGUACGCACAUUCUGUGUGUAACCACCCCGAUCUCAAGGCCCAUUUCCAUCCAAAGGGAAGAAACUUCUUGAAGAAAGCCAAGGAUGACAGAGGCGGCCUGCAGCCUGCCAAGUCCAUUUAUGAGCAAGCUGAGUCUGCAAGAGAACUCUGCCGAUCAACCAAGAAAGGAGAGUUGCUGGGGCUUAGCCGGAAAGGCAACCUCAGGCCCAAAAUGGCUAAAAAGAAGCCAACCGCCAUUGUGAACAUCAUCUAAAAGGGUGGGAGGCUCAGGAGCAUCACCAUCGGGCUCUGAGGAACAUUUCUCUAAGGACCAAUGGUAUUGUUCUUUGGAUACAUCCUGUAGUGAGACAUAUGGAAAAAGCAAAGGGCAUCACAUAUACAAUCACCUCAAUUAACCAGAAUUGAACAAAGGGGAAUCCUAGUGAACCAGAAUUUUAAGACCACCUCUUUCUAGAUGCAGGGGGCAAUUUACAUAAAGAAUAAACAAGCAAAAAAGAACUAAAGCAAUCGUAUCCCAUAAUUUUAGUAAACUAAACCUCCAACUUGAGGUUUGGCCCAGUGUCCAGUAGUGCUAUUGUCUGGGUCAGAACAUUGUGGUCAUUAACACUCAGGCCCAGGUUUACAUAAGAUCACAGGCUCUGGGAGAAAUUUCACCGUGUGUCCACUGAUCCCUAACAUCAUGAGAGAAGGAAAAGAAAUAAAGAGCCCUUUAGAUAGCAGUGAAAUAAAAAAAAUAUGUUUUGUGUUUCACCUCCAAAUUAGCUAUUCUUUUCCAUUCCCCCAUCUCUGAGUAUUCUGGCUAAUUAAGACUCCUAUCUCUGGAUCACUUAUAGGACUUGCUCAGUCAGACUUCAGCCUUCAUUUUUACAAAUUAUGUUUCAGUUUAUUUGCUCGCCUUGGCUUUUACAUCUUUACAUGUAUUUGGAUCUUGACACAUCCAUGCUAUCUUCUUUAGCUGAAUGCAUAGCAUCCUCAAACCAUACUAUGAGCCUCUGUCUUAAUAGCUGCUUCUGUAGCUGUGGUCAGGAAGGCCAGUAAAGCCCUUGUGAUCACCAGUGUGAUGCCUGAGUAUGUAGAAUGCUAGUGGAGGGCACAAGGAGUGCAUUGGUACCAUGCUGGACAUGCUGCAGGUAUGGUUCAGUCUUCUCAAAACACACCUGCUUCCCUGGUAGUG